GUGGAAUCCAGGAAGUAUUUGGUUACACAGGGCGGAAGCUGUGUUGUUUUUGUGGAAAGAAGAAAGCUGUUUAAAAAAAAUAAUAAUUAUACUGUUCUAUACAAUUGAGUGGGUGGAGUACAUAUUAUCUGCCUUGUCGAGAAUAAGGAUAAGAGCCCAGUUUAUCCUGUUGGAUCCCCGUGGACCUCUCCGUGUCCUCUCGUUGCGCAGCCCGUCAGUAACUCACCCCGUCUCUGUCAAUGGCUGCACGUCCAGGAGGCAACACCAGGCCCAACAGUGGAGCACCCAACAAAAUCUGCCAGUUCAAACUGGUGCUGCUGGGCGAGUCUGCAGUGGGAAAGUCCAGCUUGGUUCUGCGCUUUGUCAAGGGGCAGUUUCAUGAAUACCAGGAAGCAACAAUUGGAGCUGCGUUCUUGACACAGACUGUCUGCUUGGAUGACACUACGGUGAAGUUUGAAAUCUGGGACACAGCAGGCCAAGAGCGCUACCACAGUCUCGCUCCCAUGUAUUACAGAGGAGCGCAGGCUGCCAUUGUGGUCUUUGACAUAACCAGUGCUGAGUCUUUUGCACGUGCAAAAACCUGGGUAAUGGAGUUGCAGAGACAAGCCAGUCCCAACAUAGUGAUUGCUCUGGCAGGGAACAAGGCUGAUAUGGUGAACAAGAGAGCUGUGGAGGCUCAAGAGGCACAGGAAUAUGCAGACGAUAAUCGCCUUCUCUUCAUGGAAACUUCAGCCAAAACAGCCAUGAAUGUUAACGAAAUCUUCAUGGCUAUUGCGAAAAAGCUCCCCAAGAGUGACCCUCAGGCUGGAGCGGGGCAAGCAGGGAGAACCAGGGCAGGGGUGGACCUCCAGCAGCAACCCCCCCAGAGUCGAAGCUGCUGUGGUGGAGGAAACUAAUGCACAAUGAACUUUAAAGGCCUAAACAGAACAACCCAGAGAGGCAGGGAGGGCUGAGGCCACUUUUCCACCUUAAAUGAGAUUACAGAUGGGAUUAUCUGGACUUUGUAUGAUUAAAGCAACUUUUUUAGGAAUCAUAAGCUAGAGGGAAGGGCCAAAAUCCCUCAGAAUUCAUCCUUCUUUCUCUUGACCUACCUCCCUGUUUGUCUUCUACUUUUUCUAACUUGAUUGACUCUGGUUCAAAAUACUUCUGAGGUGAUGCUUAUCAAUUGUCUCCUUUUGUGUGUCUGUCUUGAAUGUGUUUAUGUACAUAAUGAUACAUACAGUAUAUCUAACAAUGGCAGAUUUCUGUUGCCAAUUUAUUGCAUUAAUCAAGAUAACCCAAGUUUUAUCAUAAACUUUUAGACCUUGCACAGUAAAAUGAUUUAUUACUACAUAUGCAUCUGUGUUUAUUCAUUGUAUUGAAAUGUAACACCAGACAGUUGUUAGCCUUUUGUAAAAGAAAUGUAAUAUAACUUGUAAAUCAGAAAAUAAUAAAUAUGUUGCAAGGGAUUAAGAA